CCGCAUUUCCCAGGAUUUUGCCUGUAGAACGAAAGCAAAACGAGAGAACGAACAGCGACAACACUGUGACGACGUCCUUGAACGCGAGCAUCGGCGAUCAUUUUAUGCAAAUCUUUCAUUUUGAAGGCUUUAAAGUUCAAACCCUGGUUUGAAAUCUAAUAUGACGCCAGUUUGCCCUUUUGUCAAAGCUUCUCGUCCUGAUGAUGCCACUGCAAAAAAAUCUGGGGAAAAUUCAGUUAAGCAUCAAGCUGGGUCUGAGAAUAAGGUGAAAAAAGAGUCUAACAGUCCAGCUAGUGCUUCUCCUAAGUGCCCUUUUGGAUAUGAUUCCCAAACGAAAAGAGAGGCUAAUAGCUCAGCUAGUGCUUCUCCUAAGUGCCCUUUUGGAUAUGACUCCCAAGCUAAAACAGAUUCUAACGACUCAGCUAGUGCUUCUCCCAAGUGCCCUUUUGGAUAUGACUCCCAAACAUUUAAGAUUGGUCCUCUUAGCUGUAUGAUAUGCCAGGCACUCCUAUUUGAAACUAGGAAAUGCGUGCCUUGCUCUCAUGCUUUCUGCAAGGCAUGUAUAUCACGCUUUAAGGACUGUCCGUUAUGUGGGGCUGAUAUUGAGAAGAUUGAGCCUGAUGCUAAUCUUCAAGGUACAGUUGAUCGCUUUAUUGAAGGUCAUGCUAGGAUCAGAAGGUCUAUUAAUUCAGACAAAGGAGAAGAAACAGAAGAGAAUAAACCAGUUAUAUAUGAGGAUGUAUCUUUGGAAAGGGGUUCCUUCUUAGUGCAACAGGCCAUGAGGGCAUUCCGUGCUCAGAAUAUAGAAAGUGCCAAAUCAAGGCUCAGCCUCUGUGCAGAAGAUAUCCGUGGCCAGUUAGAAAAGAUGGGUAACACAUCAGAAUUAUGUUCACAGCUUGGAGCAGUCUUGGGCAUGCUCGGUGACUGCUGCCGAGCCAUGGGGGAUGCUAAUUCUGCAGUUGCUUAUUUUGAAGAAAGUGUUGAAUUUCUCUCAAAGUUGCCAAAAGAUGACUUGGAGAUUACACAUACACUUUCUGUUUCGCUGAAUAAAAUUGGAGAUCUUAAAUAUUAUGAGGGAGGCCUACAAGGGGCAAGAUCCUACUAUUUUCAGUCUUUGAAUGUUCGGCGCGAUGUAGUCAAGCAUCAUUCAGAUGUGCCAUCCCAGGUUCUAGAUGUUGCUGUUUCUCUUGCAAAAGUUGCUGAUGCGGACAGGAAUCUGGGAAACGAAAGUUUGGCAACUGAUGGAUUUCAAGAAGCUAUCGACUUGUUAGAGUCGUUGACACUGAAAUCUGAAGCCAGUGGACUUGAACAACGUCGACUUUCGGUGCUAGAAUUCCUCAGAAGCCAACUCGCAGACAAAGAAGAACAAGCCGAGGCAACAAUCUAAGAUCAUAUAUUAAUCUUCCGCAUGAGAAGGCAGACAUGAAUUCUGGUUGAAAUAAACGUGUUUCUAUAAGCCAUUGACAAGAUCCUUAAAAUAAGCUCCAGUUAACGGAGGAAGACGGUCUUUCAGAGUAAAGCUAUAUAUUCAGGCAUGCCCUAACGCUUUAUUAGCUGCCACUUCUGAGAUUCCUCUCGUGUCUAUAUCCUUCUGUUUCUCUCACCUGUUAUCACUGCUCUUCUUGGUGUGCAAGGGACAAAUUGAACUUGGAUUCUGAGGUUAAUGUGUUAACGUGUUUCUGAAGUGAGGUUGAGUGCGACACACCAUGAGAGUUCGCUGUGGAGCCCACUUUCUCUCCGUUUUAUACGUAUCUCUCUUCUCUCUUACGUUAUGGGUAUAUAUGCUGGAAGCUUGUAAUUCUAGUGGAUCUUGGACAGGUUAUGCUGGGUUUUCCUCUGCAUUACCAUGAGCGUGUAGAAUGUAAUGUGUAAGUUGCAGUAUGCUAUUUUGACUUCGAAACUGGGAACAGAAGUUAUAGCUAAUUGGAAAUAUACAGAAUAUUGUUUAUAAGGGUGACCUUUUACCUCU